AUGGCCGAUCCAAGACCACACGAUGUACCCAAAGCAAAGGGCGAAGAUGCGCGUGCUGACAGCGAUGCUGUAUUCACUUUCGAUUCGACCAAGGCGCAGACUAUCCUUACCUCCUCCCCUCCAGACCAAGAAGUUCUUCAGACUCCAACUCUAGGCCCUGUCAACCCUGAAAGCCCCAAGCUAUCAAGGAAUCCGUCGUUUUCUGGCAGCAGUUCCUACCAAGAAGACUGGGACGUGUUCCCGCCGCUGGACCGCAUCUCUGUCCUCGACCUUCUCGACAACUUCGCCUUGCCUCAACAGCUCGAGAAGCUACAGAAGGGCAUCUCUGCACAGACGCAAAAGGUUCGCAAGUCAAGAGACGCCUUCAAAAACAAGAGCCAGCAUGCUCAGAAACGAGUGGUGGAGGAAUGGCGCCGCCGCGUCCCCACUGCUGAGGAACAGCUCGAGAGGUACAGGAAGCGGAUGCGCACCAGCGUGGACAGGCUUGGGAAGCAGUGGAAUGACACCAGGGUGGUCACGUUGCGUGAGAAGGUAUCAUUUAUCUUUGGCGUCAUGAACAUCUUUGUGAGCGGUCUUCUCAUGGGAGGCUGGCCCGAGUAUUUCCACCUGUGGUACACCGUCCAAGUCAUGUACUUCAUGCCCAUCCGCUACUUCACCUACCACCGUCGCGGUUACCACUACUUCCUAGCGGAUCUAUGUUACUUCGUCAACCUACUCUUGGUUCUCAGCAUCUGGAUAUUUCCCAGCUCAAAGCGACUCUUCCUGGCUACCUACUGUCUCGCGUUUGGCAACAACGCCGUGGCCAUCAUUAUGUGGAGAAACUCGCUCGUCUUCCACAGUUUCGACAAGGUCACCUCACUCUUCAUCCACAUCAUGCCCUGCGCAACGCUUCAUUGCAUAGUCCAUCUGUGGUCUGAGGAGCUUCAGGCCAGCCGCCUCCCCGCUAUCUGGACAAUUCAACACUCUCCGGCUGGUUCGCCCACAGCCUAUGGAAAUAUCGUCUCUAUGCUGGCCUGGAGCUCCAUCCCUUAUGCCAUCUGGCAGCUAUCAUAUUACUUCUUCAUCACCGUUCGCAGACGCGACAAGAUUGCUGCAGGGCGGCCAACAUCGUUCACGUGGCUGCGGAAGUCAUACUCCAAGAGCUGGAUUGGCAAGGUUGUUCUUUCGCUGCCGGACUCCCUGCAAGAGUCGGCCUUCAUGUUGAUUCAGUACUCUUAUGCGGUGCUUACUAUGCUUCCGUGCCCCAUCUGGUUCAUGAGCAGAUACGCCUCGGCGGGCUUCCUCACAGUUGUCUUUACAUGGAGUGUUUAUAACGGAGCUACCUACUACAUCGACGUCUUCGGAACGCGCUUCCAGAAGGAACUCGAGGUUCUCAGGGCUGAGGUGAGGCAGUGGCAUAACACCCCCGAGAUGGGCGGUCACUCGCCUCUGAUGACGCCCAACCCUGAGGGGUCCGCUCCGAGUGAGCUUCUUCUGACAAACAUUAACGACCCAACGAGCGACGGCAAUCUCGAACAUGACUUCAAGCACGAGAACACAGUAGUAGUGGAGAGCAGUAAGGCGGGCGGUUUCUCGGAACAAAUUCCGCUUUUGGGCGAAGAGCUUUCGGCCCUAGCGGAUACCACAGGCGUGGACGGGGGGGCCAGAGAUGUCGCCAGAGAGAGGAAGGCAAGGUGA